AUUCUGUUUGUAAGUCGGCCAGAUAAGAAUAUAUUACUAUAUAAUUAAAUUACCACAAUUUCUUCGGCCACUAAUGUUAUGUGUGGCGUAAUAGAAAGAAAUGAAGACUGAUAUAGUGUGUGCGUUUCUGAUCAAUGGAUUGUUGGUUACUGCAUUCGCCGCAAAUGACGGAGUGGAUAAUGGCAUACAUAUAACAAUACCAGUUGCGGGCGUGGCAGAGUUCAGCGGCACUGCCCCUGCCACUGGAUCAGUGGCUAUAGCUGCUCAUUCUCCAUGUCCAGAAGUUAUGCUGCCGUUUACUCCUAAUACUCCAGACAAGCUUUUACCGAAAAAUAUUAUGUUCGGAGCUACGUUAGCGGACGCGAUCCUCGCAGAGGCCGGUGAUCAAAUAGACGCUAGAAUGGCAGAAAUUGACGCAUUCAUAGAAAAAGAGUUAGAAAUGAUGGGACCACAAAUGCAAAUAGCAAUGGAAAAUGGAGCAACAUCAGAUAUAGAAAGUGCUCUGGACUCAACUCUUCAGCAAAUGGAAACUGAGAUUUCUACUGAAUUAUCUAAUUUUGAUGAGUUUAUAGAGUCAGAGUUAGCCAAGACUGAAGGAAUGGUCCAAACAGUACUAAGAAAAGUAGAAUUGGAAACUGAACGGACAGAUGAUAAGAUCACACAAACAGUAACAAAAGAAUUGAUGGAACAAGAAGCGUUAGUACAACUGGCAAUGCUUAUCCUACAAUCGUUUGUGGAAUCAAAACUCGCAGAAACAGAAAAUCUAGUUAAAUCAGAGCUAGAAAAGGUAAAUACAUUUGUGGAUACGGAGCUAGAAAAAGUUGACGCUAUAGUAGAGUCUGAAUCGACUAAGAUAAACUUAGCUGUAGAAACAGAACUAGAGAAAACGGAUGCUCUAAUACAAUCUGAACUUUCGGAAAUGGAAUCUGUUGUGGAAUCAAAUCUUGCAAAAACGGAAUCACUCGUAGAAUCGGAAUCAGAAAAAGUUGAUGCAUUUAUCGAAUCAGAAUUGGCAAAGACCGAUGCUUUUGUAAACUCAGAAUUAUCUAAAAUUAAAUCAGUUAUAGAAACAGAAUUGGAAAAAGUUGAAAAGGCAUUGGAAGAUGUCGGUGAUUCGUGUACAAUGAACAGUGAUGGUAAGUGUGUUCCUAUGAUCGAGCCAAUUCCACUAUAUGUUGAGAAUUUUCCAGGACUAGACACUCUGGAUGACGAUGAAUCGUAUACUUCAAUGCUUCCUUACAUUAACACUGGCAGCGCUCCACCUACAAUAGGAACUCGAAACCCGGCCAUAACGCUGAACGAAGCGCCUUACAACAGCCAAUACCUCGGAAGAACAGCACCAGUCCUGUACAACAGGAGGCAGCUUCCAAGGGUGAACGUCGACAGAGAAACAGCGAGAACUAUAGGUAGCAUCAAGCUGUUUGCUAAAUUUCCAUGUCCACCAUUGCAAGCGACAGAAAUAGGUCCGGAUGGAAAGAAAUACAUAUGGAUCAAGAAAAAAUCUGGUGAUAAAGAAAAACCUUCGAGACCAAAACCUGAAUUCCCCGAUUUCUCCGACUUCCCAGAGAGACCUAUAGAAGCCAAUUACGAGGACCCUGAGGAUUUGGGACCUUCAGGUUUCAUUCCUAUUCGUGGUAAAGCGGUUUUUGAGGGCUCAGCACCUGCUUAUGGCUCUGUUAGUAUUACUGGACAUAGUGUUGAAACUUGA